AUGGGGCGCGAAAAGUCGGUGGAGCCGGGCCAUGAAGACAGCGAAGUGGAGGUGGUGGAUCGAGGAAUCACCGGCUUCAGUCAGAUCAAAGUUAAUUGUAAGUUUAGUGCGAAAAUUUGGCCCAAUUUUUGGCUGAUUUGACGGGAUUUUAAUGCAAUUUGGAGGUGAUUUCGAAGUUUCAAGAUGAUAUUGCACAGUGCAGAAAGAAGAAAAAUCUCACUGUGCGCCUCGAACCGUGCACUUUUUUGUUUUUUGGACUCCGCACUGUGCUGAAAUAUCGCUGCGACGUAAGCAAAAAAUUUGCACAGUGCAAGCGGUUUUUUUGAGGUUUGCACGGUGCGAAAAGAAGAAAAUGCACAGUGCAAACGGCUUUUUCGAGGUUUGCACAGUGCAAAACGAAAAAAUUUGCACAGUGCAAACGUUCUUUGAGGUUUGCACGGUGCGAAAAAAAGAAAAAUGCAGUGAGCGACAAGCCAUGCGCAAAAAGACACCCCAUUUUGCACCGUGCAUCUCACUUUUUUUUUGUUUUUGCACUGUGCAGUGAAAUAUCGCUGCGACGUAAGCAAAAAAAGUGCACAGUGCAAAACGAAAAAAAUUGCACAGUGCAAACGGCUUUUUUGAGGUUUGCACGGUGCGAAAAGAGGAAAAUGCACUGUGCGUUCGCGACAAGCGUGGGAAAAAGUUCAAAAUGCACUGUGCGAAAGGAAAAAAAUGUCCACACACUUUAUGAAAAAUGUGGCCUAGUAAAAGGGUUUCCUCAAAAUUUUACGAUCUGAUUUUGGAAUCACUGUUAAAAAAUUCUCAGUCUGUCGGGAAAAUAAUGAGCGCAAUGUCGCUCGCGUCGCUGAAGUGAAAAGUAAUUUGAUUUUUUCGCGUUGCAAUUCAUUUUCUCGACGGCGAUGUGGAUUUUCGAUGAGAUAGGAUGUUCAUUAUUUUCCCGACAGACUCAUAGAUACUAGGGUCGCCUCUAAAAAACCUUUUUUCUAAAUUUUUCGAUUUCAAAUUUUCUCUGGUCCCCUCUUACCCUGCCCUCUUGCUAAAUCAUCCACUUAAAAAAAUUUUUUUUGAAAUUUCUUUCCCAAAUCUCCGUUUACAGUCCAAAAUGAGCAUCUGACCCGUCUGACGCUCUCGCACAACAAGAUCUCCUCAGUGCCGCCGAAUAUCAGCGACCUGGUGAACCUGGAGAUCCUGAACCUCUGGAACAACCAUAUCGAAGAGCUCCCCACCACCAUCUCCUCUCUCCCCAACCUGAAGAUCCUGAACGUUGGCAUGAAUCGGCUGUACAAGCUGCCGCGCGGCUUCGGCUCCUUCCCGCGGCUCGAGAUCCUCGACCUCACCUACAACAACUUGCGCGAGACCAGUCUGCCCGGAAAUUUCUUCUUCAUCCCCACGUUGAGGGCGCUCUAUCUGGGCGACAAUGAUUUCGAGUCCUUUCCGGAGGAUGUGGGCCAUCUCGUGAACUUGCAGAUCUUGGUGCUCCGCGAAAACGAUCUCAUCGAUUUGCCGCGACAGUUGGCGGCCUUGACCAAGCUGAAGGAACUGCAUAUCCAGGUGAGGACCUGAAUUUAUUUUCUCAUUUAUUUUGCGGGCGAUUUGGCUUCUCAAAUUUUGGAUUUUGCGAAUUUUAUUUUUCAAGAUUUUUUAAGUCAUCAUCAAUUUCAAAAGGUCAUAACUUGCUAGUAGCACAACCAAUUGCCUCAGAAUUUGGCACAUGUUUGUCGCAUGGUGUCGAAAUGGCUUUAACUAGAAUAGUUUUUGAUUCAUGCCCCCAGGGCUUAACCUACAACAAUUUAAAAAUUUUUCCGAAAUUUUGGCACAAUUUCUCUCGAAGUGCCGCAAUUAACCUAAAAUUUGGUAUAUGCUUGUCUUACAGUGCUGAAAUGACUCAAGUAAAAUAGUUUUUGAAUCACGCCCUUAGGCCUUUACUUACGGCUAUUCAAAUUUUUUCCCUGAAAUUUUGGCAAAAUUGCUUUCAAAGUGCCCCAAAUGAUUUAAAAUUUAGUAUAUGGUUGUCUUAUAGUGUCCAAAUGACUCGACUAAAAUAUGUUUGAGUCUUGCCCUCAGGGCUUGAAUUAUGGCUAUUUCAAAUUUUUUACCGAAAUUUUGGCAAAAAUGCUCUCAAAGUACCCCAAAUGACUUAAAAUUUAGUAUGUGGUUGUCUUAUGGUACCCAAAUCGCUCGACUAAAAUAGCUUUUGAAUCUUGCCCUCAGGGCUUGACUUACGGCUAUUUAAAUUUUUCCCUCGAAAUUUGGGCAAAAUUGCUCUAAAAUUGUCCGCAACAGCCAACAAAUGUCUGAAAACCUCUAUGGACCUCAAUUUCGCUUCAGGGCAACCGUCUUCAAGUGAUUCCCCCCGAUCUCGGCGCUCUGGACCUCAUUGACAAGAAGCCGAAGCAGGUCACCCGCGUCCUUCGCGUCGAAAACAACCCCUGGAUUGGCCCGCUGCGGGACGCGCUGUAUCGCGACGGAGUCAACGGCUUCUGGAGCUAUGUGCGCUCCGACAACUACCAUCGACUGUACAGCGGGCAUCCGCGCGGAGUGGGCUCUCCGCCGCCGAAGCGAAGCAAGGAAAAGAAGAUCAGCCGGAUCGGAGGCCACAAGGAGUAA